GGGAGCCCGCCCCAGUACGCAGCGAUUGCUCCCAUUGACCGCGCGGCGGAAGACGUCCUAGCGGCGGGAGAUUCGCGGGCCGCAGGGACGGAGCGUAAUGGAGCCCCUGUGGAACUUGCGGGCGCACCUGCAGGCGUGGGAGCGGGCGUUCGCGCGGCAGCAUGGGCGGCGGCCGGGCCAGGAGGACGUGGAGGCAGCGCCGGAGGAGACCCGCGCUCUGUACCGCAAGUAUCGUGCCCUGAAGCAGGCUGUGGGCCGGAGGAGUGGCGGGCCCUGCAGCCACAACCAGUUGCUCUCCGCUUCAGCCCAGGAGGCUCCAAACCCCACUUGCUGGGGAUCCCACCUGAAUCGGGCUGCAACGCAGAGUCCACAUCGUACUCCAGUGCUGAGCCCCCAGAGAUCUGCACAAGACUAUGGGAAGAGACUUAAGGCCAAUCUGAAGGGCACCUUACAGGAUGACCCAGCCCUGGGCCACAGGUGCCAGCCUCCAGGUAGACGCUUGUCUAAGAAGCCCACGCCAAAGCCACUCAGCCCAGGGACUCCUUCUACCUCUCCAGAAGAACUCAGUGAUGCACUUACCAAGCCUUCUGAGCCCCAGCCAAGGCCAGGCCGACUCCAGCAGCUUCGGGCAUCCCUGAAUCUGCGGCUGAGCUCCUUAGACCCUGGCUGGCUGCAGCGGUGUCACAAUGGAGCCUUAGAUUGUCUUCAGGCCUCUGAGCCCUCCAGCACAAAGGAAUCUCAACCUAUGACCCCAGGAGAACUGUCAGUUCUUGUCACCAAUACCUACUCUGAGGCAACUUCUCAAGACCCAGUUGCUCCAGUGCCACAGGCAGCACAAACCAGUGCAGGGCGACCCCAAUUCAACAGCCAUAGAGGCAAGAAGCAAAAAUGGACUGAGGAGAAUGGCAGCAUUCCCGUGCAGGCACAAAGGGACAGCAAUCAAGCAACACUCCAGUCUGAGGGGGCUGGGGCCACAGUUCUUGAGGACCCAACAGGGGGUGCUGUACAGGUCCAGACACCUCAGCUCUGCCCUGGCACUUCAAGAUCACUUAAGGCAGAGAAGGCUGAGAGCAUACCCCACCCCCACACCUGCCCUCAGACAGUGAUCCAGGAUAAGGGUAACUACGUUCGGCUCAACAUGAAGCAAAAACGUUACGCGCGGGUUGGGGCCCUUCGAGGCAGGCUCCUCCGAAAGCAGGCAUGGAAGCAGAAGUGGCAGAAGAAAAAAGAGUAUUUGAGGGGUGGUGGGCCCAGAGCCACGACUGAGAAGUCUUGUUUCCAGUGUGGGCAGUUUGGCCACUGGAAAUCCCAGUGCUCUCAGCUAGGACCCAUGCAGGCCCUGCAGAAGGAAGGUGAUAAGGACAAAGAUGACAUGCAGUCCUUUCCCACUUUGGAGGAAGUAACCCAGAGGAUAGAUACUGCUUGCCCCAAACAGGACACAGAGUCUGCUGAGCCUGACCUACAGGCACCGAACACAGCCCCCUCAGUGCUGCCUCUCUACCCACCAGGGCCUUUGGGUCAGGUAGCAGAGACACCAGCUGAGGUGUUCCGAGCUCUUGAACAGCUUGGGCACAAAGCUUUCCGCCCUGGGCAGGAGCGAACAAUCAUGCGAAUCCUGUCUGGCAUCUCCACAUUGCUGGUGCUGCCCACAGGCGCUGGCAAAUCCCUGUGCUAUCAGCUUCCUGCACUGCUGUAUGCCCAGCGCAGCCCUUGCCUUACCCUGGUCAUCUCCCCGCUCCUGUCUCUCAUGGAUGAUCAGCUAUCCCACCUGCCCGCAUGUCUCAAGGCCGCGUGCCUCCAUUCAGGCAUGACCAGGAAACAGCGGCAGUCUGUUCUACAGAAGGUGCAGGCAGCCCAAGUGCAUGUGCUGAUGCUGUCCCCCGAGGCAUUGGUUGGAGCUGGUUCUGGGAGCCCUGUCAGCCUCCCUCAGGCUUCCCAGCUGCCCCCAGUAGCCUUUGCCUGCAUUGAUGAGGCCCACUGCCUCUCUCAGUGGUCACACAACUUCCGGCCCUGCUACCUUCGAGUCUGCAAAGUGCUUCGGGAGCGUAUGGGUGUCAGCUGUUUCCUGGGCCUAACAGCCACAGCCACACGCAAUACUGCCCGUGACGUGGCCCACCACCUGGGAGUGGCUGAGGAACCGAGUCCCAGAGAGGCACCUGUCAUCCCUGCCAACUUGUACCUGUCUGUAUCCAGAGAUAGAGACCCAGACCAGGCUCUGGUGACACUGCUGCAGGGCGACCGUUUCCGUAGCCUGGAUUCUGUCAUUGUUUACUGUAACCGGCGUGAGGACACACAGAGGAUUGCUGCACUCCUCCGAACCUGCCUCUGUGCAGUGCAGGACCCAAAGCUCAGAGGUCGUGGCCCUGCAGCUGUGGCUGAAGCUUACCAUGCUGGCCUGUGCAACCGGGAGCGGCAGAGAGUGCAGCAGGCCUUCAUGAAGGGCCAACUGCGGGUGGUGGUGGCCACAGUAGCCUUCGGGAUGGGGCUGGACCGACCUGACGUGCGGGCUGUGCUGCACCUGGGGCUGCCCCCAAGCUUUGAGAGCUACGUCCAGGGUGUGGGGCGUGCUGGGCGUGAUGGGCAGCCUGCCCACUGCCACCUCUUUCUACAGCCCCAGGGUGAGGACCUUCGAGAACUACGCAGACACGUGCAUGCAGAUGGCGCCGACUUCCUAGCCAUGAAGAAGCUGAUGCAGUGUGUGUUCCCACCCUGCACCUGCAUCCAGCAGGAAGGACAGGGAGGAGGUGACAAUGGGACAAGGCCCACAGCUGAGUCCCCACCUCUGGAGGCCAAACAACAUGGUGGCUACCCAGCAGCUUUUAGACAGGGUCGGGCCUGCCUAGGACAUGAGCGGGCACUCCCAGUGCAGCCAACAGUGCAGGCCCUGGACAUGCCAGAAGAGGCCAUUGAGACUCUGCUGUGCUAUCUGGAACUUCACCCACAACACUGGCUUGAGCUGCUGCCAGCUACCUAUGCCCACUGCCGUUUGUACUGCCCUGGGGGCACCAGCCAGCUCCAGGCCCUGGCCAGCAGGUGUCCGCCCGUGGCUGCAUGCUGGGCCCAGUGGCCACCUGAGAACACAAGGCACGGCAGCUGCUCCUUGGAGUUCAACGUGGUAGAGCUGGUAGAUUCAAUGGGCUGGGAGCUGCCUUCCGUGCGGCGGGCUUUGCACCAGCUGCAGUGGGACCGAGAGCCUAAAACAGGUGUGCUACAGAGUACUGGAGUGCUUGUGGAGUUUGGAGAACUGGCCUUCCACCUGCAUAGUCCCGGGGACUUGACAGCUCAAGAGAGAGACCAGGUCUGCGACUUCCUGUACAGCUGUGUGCAGACCCGUGAACGCAAGGCCUUGGCCCAUCUGCGCAGAAUGUUUCAGGCUUUUCACAGUGUGGCCCUCCCCAGCUGUGGGCCCUGCCUAGAACAGCCUGAUGAGGAACGCAGUGCCCAGCUGAAGACUCUGCUCAGCUGCUACUUUGAGGAGGAAGAAGAAGAAGAGAAAGAGGGGCAUGUGAAGGACAAGCAGAGCACAGAGCCUGGGCAAGUGCAGCUGCAGGACUGGGAGGACCAGGUCCGCCAUGACAUCCGCCAGUUCCUGUCCCUGCGGCCAGAGGAGAAGUUCUCAGGCAGGGCUGUUGCCCGGAUCUUCCAUGGCAUCGACUUGUGUCUUUGUCUCACUGUAGGAAGCCCCUGUUACCCAGCCCAGGUAUAUGGGCGAGACCAGCGCUUUUGGAGGAAGUACCUGCAUCUGAACUUCCAUGCCCUUAUGCGCCUGGCCACAGAGGAGCUCCUGUUGGCAGGCCCAUGACUGCCCUCCCAGGAAGGUGCUUCCCCACAGGGAGACACUCAGCUGGGUC